AUGGGGUCAUGGGUCUGGGCAGAGGUGUCCAUUCUAGUCGUCCUUAUUCAACUCGUUCGAGCAUCAACAUGGUGGUCUGAUGCGUCCACGCAAAAGGGUGUAGUCGUUGGUGAUUCGCCUUUGACCUUUUCGACAUGCUGGAAGGCAUUGGGCCCUUUUAGACUGGGAACUCGCGAAUCUGUAUGGGGAGCUGAUCCAAUUGAGUAUUAUGGCGGUAUCAGGAAUACCACCUCCAACGAGGACAUCCACUACCACAGCCCUCUCGCAGCAAACGCAACCGUGCAGUGGGAAAACCGCACCUAUCGCACCGAUACAUCCCAGGAGGGUGCAAUUGUUGGUCUAAAGUUGCAGUAUGCAGACAUAGAUUGGCAUUUUGCACAACAGAUUUAUGGUUGGUCUGCUAUUCAGUUUCAAGCUUGGGUGAUAGGUGAAUUGCUCUGGUUGGGAAGUGCUUCUCAACCAGCGCUUUUAUACACGGACAACAUUUUGGAGCUCUGGGUUGGCGAUGAUCAUAUCUUUGGGGGUGACUUUUACAGUUUCCGACGAGCGCCAGUUGUCAUCCACUUGCAUCCAGGUAUCAAUGUUGUCAGAGUGCGCCUGCUUGGUGAUAUACGGUCCAUGGGUGGGAGAUUGCCUCCUAAUCUGCAGGCCAGGUUGGAGGUAAAAAUCGUGCAGGACCUCCUUGCAGUCGACAAACAUGGUGUACUGCUUCCAGAUGUCGUAAGAGGCCAUUUCUGCGCCCCGUUUGGAAGUGUUACGGUCCGAAACCAGGGAGGUAAAUGGGUCAAGAUCGACCGCAUUGCAACCUCUCAUGACUUCGACAAGUCUGUCAUGUCUGGCGGAGCAAUCUGGUUGGCUCCUGGCCAGUCCCGGCCGGUGAAGAUCCACCUCGAUUUCAAGGCUGGGUCAAGAGAGUCUAUUAACUUUAGGCUGGAAUAUACGCCGAAGGACUCUACACCAUCGCACCUAACCUUCGCUGGCAGGACAAGCCAUGCAGAUGUAAGUGCACCACAUAAAGUAACUUUUCUUCAUCCCAGUGGUGCGGUCUCGUAUGCAAUCCUGCGUCCUCCAAGCGUCAAUCAAUCUUUUCAAGCAUCAGAAGAUGUCCCUGUCCUUGUGAAUCUCCAUGGCGCAGGGGUGGAAGCAGACAGCGUCUUCGUUAGAGACAUGUUUGAAGAGAUUCCUGAACUGCCCGCCUGGGUUCUGUCUCCCGCAGGAAUGAGUGAAUGGAGCGGUGAUGACUGGCACACUUGGGGAUUUGCUGAUACUGAAGCUGCAAUCAACAUGAUAGCUCAGUGGACCGAGAAUAAUGAGUGGAGAGGUCCAGGCGUAUGUUUGGACAAAGUUCUGGUGGCAGGUCAUUCAAAUGGUGGCCAGGGGACCUGGUAUUUCAGCACUCAUCAACCCGAGCGUACUCUUGCUGCAGCUGCCGCUUCAGGAUACUCUUCCAUCGAGAACUAUGUCCCGUUUCACCUGUGGCAAGAGGCAGAUCCUUUGCAGAGUGCUAUUCUUCAGACUGCCCGAGGCAAUUACCGACACGAAUUGUUGGUGGACAAUCUCGUGGGACUGCCCAUCUUGCAACAACAUGGGUCAGCAGAUGACAACGUGCCUGUUUAUCAUUCUCGUCUGAUGAAUGCCCUUCUCGCCCAGGUUGGCCACCAAGCCAACUAUUCAGAAAUACCAGGCUGGGGCCACUGGGUUGAUGGUUCCAUGACGACACGAUCCAUGAAGGACCUCUACUUCAACCACUUGACAUGUAAGACCGCACGGAAACAAGUACCAAGUCGAUUUUCCUUUGUUGUGCCAAACUCGCAUGACAUGGGUUCCCGACAUGGCGUUUUCGUCGAUCAGCUCUUGUCACCUGACCGAAUGGGCAAGAUUGACGUGGUCAUCACCGAGACGGAAAGGGGUGUGCAAUGGCAAUUGAAGACCACAAACAUCCGGCGUUUGCGAUUCGAGUGGACACAUGACCUGACCAAUACCGCCGACGAGGUCCGGUUUGACGACAUGCUGCUCCCGUUUGACAUUGAAGGCCAAGCCAGACCGUCAUCGUUUGUGAAACGAGACACGAAUAUCUGGGCCAAGGAAGUGUUACUGAAGUGGAAGAAUCUGGAGCAACGUUCUGGUCGUCAAAGGGGCGUUCUGGAAUCGAUACUCCGCAGUGCUGGUCCAUUUCAGCUGGUGUAUAGCUCGGAGGUAGCUCUUGCAAGCGCCACUCAGGCCAGCCGUAAUCUUUAUCAAUAUUACGGCGCAGAUUCAAGCAUUCUGCCAUGGCUAGAGUACCCAAACGCGGCUGAAGAAGAUUGCAACAUAAUCAUCUUUGCGCUGGGAAAGACGACUCUGCCGAAGCGAAUCCCACGCUUUCCCAUUGUCAUUGAAGAUGAUAGAUUGCUACUAACGGCAUGCAACGGUAGGAUAGCCUCGAUUCCAUUUGCUCCAGGACUGGGCGGUGUUUGGCUACGUCCUCUUCCGAACGAAAGACUGGAAUUAGUGGUUUGGGGGUUUGAUAGUAAUGGAUUGAAGCAGGCCGCCAGGCUUGUUCCCACCCUCACCGGUGCUGGCCAGCCUGACUUUGUAAUUUUUGAUGCAUCAGCAAGAUGGAAAGGACAUGGUGGAGCAGUGGCGAUGGGCUUUUUCGACUAUAGAUGGAGGAUAUCUGCAGGAUCUUACCUUCCAUGA